CCCUCGAAAUAAAAGUACUCUAACUAAUAUUGAAACUAAUUUAAAUGCUACAAGAAUGUGUCAAAAAAUUACUAAUAUUUAGUGAAUUGGAUUGCACGUCCUUAAUAAAUUACUCCCCUAUGCCAAUCUGUCAACGUGACUACCCCCAUAUUAAAAUCCUAAGCUCACAAAUUCCACCACCUUCCACCACUCUACACCAACUCUCUCCGGCGAACUCCUCCGCCGCCGCCACCACCUCCAUCACCUCCUCCACCUCUCCUUUCAGGCUAGCCAUACACACACACAUGCAUACAAAACUUCCUAUGGAAAGCUCCCUUUUAAUUUCAUAAGCUAGCCCCACAUACACACAUAGUAGUGUGUGUGUGUGUGUGUGUAUAUAUAUAUAUAUAUAUAUAUUCUAAAGUAGUGAGAUAAAAUGGAGGGUAGAUUUGAUGAUGAACACAAUGAGGAUUCCGCUCUCACUCCUCCGCCAGAGAAUACGGCGGAUUCUCCAAUUUCCGGCGAUGAAGAAGCAUAUGCCCCUUCUCCCAAAAAAAGUAGGAGGGGUGGAAAUAAAAGAGUAGUGAUGGUGCCUAUCGGCGACGGCGACGGCUCCCGGAGUAAAGCGGAGGUGUAUCCGCCGCCGGAUUCUUGGUCGUGGCGGAAAUACGGCCAAAAGCCUAUAAAGGGUUCGCCUUAUCCCAGGGGAUAUUAUAGGUGCAGCAGCUCCAAAGGAUGUCCAGCCAGAAAACAAGUUGAGAGAAGCCGCCUUGACCCCACCACCCUCCUUAUCACCUACUCUUGCAAUCACAACCACCCCCUCCCCACCACCACCAAGAACCACCACCACCACCACCACCAUCAAAAUCCUCCGUUGCCCGCGACGGCAGCUUCCCCGGCCGCCAAGCCGGCGAUCACCUCGUCGUCUUCCGACACCGCCAGCCCGCCCCCGGCGGCCAGCUUCCCGCCGGAGGAGUGCGCCGCGUCCUCCCACCAGCCGGACAUCGAGCCGUGCCCGGCCGACAACGGGUUCGUCGAGCUGGCCGGGGAGUUCGGCUGGCUGUGCAACGUGGGGCCCACGAUCAUGGACGGGGCGACCCUCGUGGGCCCCACGUGGGGCGCCCAGGCCGACGUGGAGUUCUCCACGCCCAUCGGGGAGGAGGACAAGCUCCUGUUCGGCGACCUCGGGGACUUGCCCGAGUCCGCCAUGGUGUUCCGGCGGCAUAGGGUGGAAGCACCGUGUUGCGCCGGCGGCACCGGAUGAGAGGAGAGGAACUCGAAAACGUGAAUAACACUAAUAAAAUUUAAAAGGGGUUUCUCAAAAAUCUUGUCAUCAUGUCCCCUUCCUAUUUUUCUCCCUUUCCUCACUGUAAAGAUAUGGAGAUAAAUUAUUUUAUUCGCCCACUUUUUCU